UUCUCCAAAAGCAUCGUUUUCUACUGAGGAAGCUGAGAUCUGGUAACAUUAGCAGAGAGGUCACAAGGCAGGAGCACAACUCUGGAGGCGAGAAGGCUGACGCACCUGGGGAAGAUCAACCGAGCUCCGAAAACAGAAGCAACAGAAAAUAUGGUGGGCUACCGCCGAAUGGGGCAUAUGGUUCAGCAACACUUGGGAAAUGCAACAUCAGCAGCAAGCCUUUUGCAUCAGCUGAGAGAUCUGUGGAAGAGUCCUAGGGGGACAGUGCUCAGAAUCGAGGCGUUAGCACUGUUGGCCAUUUUUCUCUCCUUCUUCCUUGCAUUCUUCGGGUCUUGCCGCCGCUGGUCCAAUCAUUGGUUCUUCCAGAAGGGCUUCCUGGUUGCAAAUGCAGUGUUUCUGUCCCUCGGGACAUAUAGCAUUGGUCUAAUGCAAUCUUCGCAAGUGAAGAGCGAGAUGUACCCGAUAUGGGCGGUAUCCUUACUAGCCCUCCUUUGCUGCGUCGACUCAGCCACCACAUCUGGGCUUGAUAACAAGAGCCAGAUUUGGAGGAUGCUGUAUCAGCUUUGCCUCUACUUUGGAUAUGUCCUGCUAAUGAGCAUCACCACCAUCUCUAGUGAUAUUGAUAACAUUGCCAUAUGUGUGUUGGCUGCCGUGACUUUCAUCAAGGGAUUUCAUAGGUCAAUGGCACUUGUGCUACCAAGUUCCAUGCGGAACAUGAUCAGAGACAUUUCAGCAUCUGUAAUCAGUAAAUGUUCUUUCGGAGAUCCUGAUCAUGAAGAAAGACAGCUAAUUGUUGAUGAUAAAAUUGACAUAAUGGCUGGGGAUCGUCCGGUGGUUGUCAUGGGUGAUAUAGCUUCCAUGAGGUGCAAAGAAGGCAACACAAGGAUGGUACAAUCAGAUCUUGAUGCCUGCAAAGAUGUGUGUCUCUCCUACUCCCUGUCACAUUUGUUGCACCGGCGUUUCCUUGGGUUAAUCAGCAUACAACAGAUAACGACCAGCACUGGGCCCUUGGUUAAAGACUUCAAGCGGGCCUUCGAGGUGGUUGAGAUUGAGUUGGCUUUCCUAUACGAUACCUUGUACACCGGCAACACGUUCCUCUAUUACUAUGAGGCGAAGAGUGCUAGCAUCUGGGCAUUUGCUUCGGUUCUCGGGAUAUGUUUCGUAGGGGCAGUAGUGGCCGUCAUGGUACCUAGGGCAAGGAUGAACGGUCAUGCUUCUCCUUCUCCUGCUGGCACCAUCUUUGUGGACACCACAACAGCGGACUUUGUUAUUACCGGAGUAAUACUGGUGUCUCUAGCUCUACUGCAGGUGUUGCAGUUGCUACGAUGCUGGACCUCAAAUUGGGCCAGAGUCGCCUUUGCCUGUGAUUGGGUCAGGAAGAUUAUUUUGGACAGAAGUGAGCACUGGAUGGAGUGGAUUUCACGCAGUAGAAACGAUGCAUUCACAAUCAGUGCUGAGGAUGUGAGCUGGGGAAUGAGACUGAGAGCAUUUCUUAUCAAGGUUAAUUGGUCUGGCAGACAUGAACACCUAUGGCAAAAUAAGAUUGGACAACAUUCAUUAAUUGAAUCAAUCAGUGUGCCCGGUCCUUACUGUCAGCUCUGCCGAUUUCUCGAGUGUCGCAUCAUCAAUAAUCAUAAUGCACUGUCGUUGAUAUUCAGUAAGAUGGGUCGAUGUAGAUUACUGGUCGUCCGCAUUAUCCGAAAAUGCUGGGAGGUGCUUGGACUGCCCUACAUCAGCCGAGUGCUCAAGGAAACGUUGCUUGGCGACAACACAGGGGGUAAAUCCGUAGAGCUGCACCCUGAUGUGAAGGCAUCCAUUGGUGAUUUUGUUAUGAGUGACAAGUUCAGAGGCGAGGAAGUAAACGGUUGGGCAUCCCCCACAGUUGAAAAUGGACAGGGUGACUCAUUUCCGGAAUUUCUUUCUUGGGAAAUUCUAUCGGGAGAUCUGUUUGAAGAAGACAUUUUCGUGCCUUGUAUUCUGAUGUGGCACAUUGCAACAUGCUACUGCGAGCUGGCGCAGAAGCGCGACGGCGACAACAACAACAAGGAAGGUGAUCGUCGCGUGGCCACGGACCUGUCCAAAUACUGCGCCUACUUGGUGGUUUCAGCACCACGCCUGCUCCCUGGGCAGACCGACGUUAUAAAAAUGGUGUACGCCGAAGUAAGGGAAGAGGCAAUCUGGAGCCAGAUUAGUUCACCAGCUUCAGACAAGCUGGAUGCAAUGGAAAACUAUAACAAUCACCUUAGAAAUCCAACCCGGUACGGAUCCGUCAUCUUUGAGAGUGGUCUGGAUCUGGGAAAGGCACUCCAAACCAGGUUGUCUGCUGCUGAUCGGUGGCAGCUGCUGGCUGAAUUCUGGGUGAAGGCUUUGGUCUACGCGGCGCCGUCAGACAACACAGAGGAGCACAUGCAACACCUCUCUCGGGGCGGCGAGCUCAUCACCCAUCUCUGGGCGAUGCUCUAUCACGCCGGCAUCCACAAGUGGCAACUUAAUCUGAAUACUACACAAGACGACGACUUCAAGAUGGGCUGGGAUUACAUCUUUCGGAUUCGAUGCUGUAAAGACCUCGAGCAUUACAAGGGAAAAAACAAGCAAUGAAGCUCGCCCAUAAGAGGUCAGGUUGGACGACGCCCGACUAGAUGGUGCUUACUCGAGAUAGCCUCUGCCAUCCCCCUGAAACGCCAACACUGCAUGCAUCCACGCUUCGUCUACCUACUACUUCGUCGAGGACGUACUAUAUACUCCAGACUCCAGAGAUCGAGUUCAGAGUGAAUUAAUUAGUUUAUCCGGCAGGAAAAACGCCAAGGGACAUAUGGACUCUCUGUACCAUGAGUGGCUCCCCCAUCCUCCUUGCCAUGCAUGUGGCUUAUUUAUGUUUUAUCGCACACACGUUUUUCAUUAAGACCUUGUUAAUUUGGAUGUUUAUGUGUUAGGGUGGAUUAA